AUGCUGUUAAGACAGCAGGGCAAGGAACCUUUGACAGGGACUGGUAUGCUCUCAGGCAAUACUCUUAAGUUGGAUUCUAAGGUGGUCAUGCCUCUAGGGCAUGACACAUUGGAGUCAAGGGAAUCUAUUGUUCCUGCAGGCCCUGAAGGGCAGGAGGACAUUGGGGUUCUUCCCCAAGAAGGGAGGCGCUUCCGUCGUAAGGGGAAGUGUUAUCUUCUCACUUAUGCUUGUUAUGUCAAGAGUGAGGAGACAAGGGAAACCUCUUGCCAUGAGGUUAUAAAAGAUCUUGUAGAUCAUCUUCUUACUCUGAGGAGUGGGGCAAAUUCCCUUUUGGAGUAUGCCAUGGGAGUCACUGAGUCCCAUGACCUGAGGGAAGGUGAAUGGCAGCCUGAUUGGCAUUGCCAUGUUAUUGUUUGGGCCAGGACCCUCAUCUCAUCAGAGGCCCUGAACCUAUGGAAGUAUAAGGGAGUGCGCCCUCAUGAGCGUCUUCUUGUACUUAGGGAUGAUAAGGGAAGGUUUGCCCCUUUAUCAGCCUAUGAGUAUCUCAAGAAAGAGGCAGAUGCCUGGGAGGCAAGAUAUGGGACCCUUACAGAGGAGUUCUUAUUAGGCCAGUGCCCUGCAGGGUUGAAGGCUAAGACCAAUCGUAAUGAAGAUUUUGCCUAUGCCAUGGAGGCAGAGGAUGCUGAGGGAUUUUUUGGUCGCUUAAAGGAGUGCCAACCUUGUGAUAUGGCCAUGGGGUAUAACAACCUCAAGGCUUUCACUGGUUACUUCUACAGGGACAAGGGUGCCCUUCCUCAGGGUGUAUGUGAACCCAAGGCCCUUAAGAAGGCUACAGUCAACUUGCCACCUGGUGUUCAGGACGUUGCGGCCAAGACAAGUUUGACCGGGUGGACCUUGUAUUGCCUCAAAAAUUGGGGCUUUGCAAGGUCAGGGAUUCGCCUCGUCAUCAAGGGAAAGAAUUGCCGGCAAGUGACCGGCCACUUGCUGGAGCUAACCAAAUUAGGACUGGCGAGUCCCACUUGA